AACAAAAACACUUUGAAAGGGUAUCUCAAAGGAGAAGGAGGAAGAAGAAUAUAUAAAUUUGUUUGACUCAGAGAGAUUCAGUAAUGGCAGCCUCUGCUACUUUCAGAGCCUCCGUUUCUUCAUCUCCUCCUUCGUCUUCUUCUUCUUCCUCUUCUCAGCUCACCCAUUUGAGAUCAUCACCCUUCAAAGCUUUCAACUUUACGCCUCUGUCAUCGUCUCGCAGCUCCAAGUCAUCAUCUUUCUCCGUCUCCUGCACUAUCGCCAAGGACCCGGCUGUUCUUAUGGCCCCCGGAUCUGACCCGGCUCUCUGGCAAAGACCCGAUUCCUUCGGUCGGUUUGGCAAGUUUGGUGGCAAGUAUGUCCCUGAAACCCUUAUGCACGCUCUCUCUGAGCUCGAAUCAGCUUUCUAUGCUCUCGCCACCGACGAUGAUUUCCAGAGAGAGUUGGCAGGGAUCUUGAAGGACUAUGUGGGUAGAGAAAGCCCUCUGUAUUUUGCAGAGAGGCUCACUGAGCAUUACCGGCGUGAAAAUGGCGAAGGGCCGCUUAUAUACUUGAAGAGAGAAGACCUGAACCAUACUGGUGCUCAUAAGAUUAACAACGCUGUGGCUCAGGCUCUUCUCGCUAAGCGUUUGGGGAAGAAGAGGAUUAUUGCUGAGACAGGAGCUGGUCAACAUGGUGUGGCUACAGCUACUGUGUGUGCCCGUUUUGGUCUGGAGUGUAUUAUCUAUAUGGGUGCUCAAGAUAUGGAGAGACAAGCACUCAAUGUGUUCAGAAUGCGACUUCUUGGUGCUGAGGUGAGAGGAGUUCACUCUGGAACAGCGACAUUGAAGGAUGCUACAUCAGAAGCAAUAAGAGAUUGGGUGACCAAUGUGGAGACUACCCAUUACAUUUUGGGAUCUGUGGCUGGUCCUCAUCCUUACCCGAUGAUGGUUAGAGACUUCCAUGCUGUGAUUGGUAAAGAAACUAGGAGACAAGCGUUGGAGAAAUGGGGUGGGAAGCCAGAUGUCUUGGUGGCUUGUGUCGGUGGUGGUUCAAACGCUAUGGGACUCUUCCAUGAAUUUGUAAACGACAAAGAGGUCCGGAUGAUCGGUGUGGAAGCAGCGGGAUUCGGAUUGGACAGUGGCAAACAUGCUGCUACAUUGACAAAGGGAGAUGUCGGUGUCCUCCAUGGAGCUAUGAGUUACUUGCUGCAAGAUGAUGAUGGACAAAUCAUUGAACCACACUCCAUCAGUGCAGGAUUGGACUACCCUGGAGUCGGACCCGAGCACAGUUUUUUCAAAGACAUGGGACGGGCUGAAUACUAUAGCAUAACCGACGAAGAAGCGUUGGAAGCAUUCAAAAGAGUGUCCCGGUUAGAGGGAAUAAUUCCAGCGCUCGAAACCUCACACGCAUUAGCUUACCUCGAGAAGCUAUGCCCCACGUUAGCAGACGGAACGAGAGUGGUCUUGAACUUCAGUGGAAGAGGAGAUAAAGAUGUUCAGACAGUGGCUAAAUAUCUUGAAGUUUGAAGAGAAACACUUUUGUUUGUGUUUUAGUUUUCAUUUUCAGACAAUGAAAUCCUUUUUGUACUUGUAAUAUGUUUGUACUUUGCUUCUCUCUGGUCAAGAACGUUUCCAAAAAAAUUGGAAAUAGAAAAUGAUUACCAAUAGAACAUAAUCUGAAUAAAUGUAUGAUUUCCGAAA